AUGGCCACGAUACAAAGCACUACACCGCCUGACAUGCUGGAAAAGCCAGACUUACCACAACGUCCUACAACUCCAAGAGUAAUUCGCACCGUUGUCCACGAUGAAGGUCUUCCAGAAGUUGUCCACUCAAAUCAACCCAUAAAUGCCACAGAGUACUACGAUGCUCCGAUACCAGUAGACUCAGAAACAGACAAACGAUACAACGAAGCUCCCAUUCCAGUCACAACACUCGACAAAUAUGAACCUGCACCUGCGCUGCCAGUUCGUCCAUCUUCUAUAACACCACAACCUCAGCAACCCUACCCCUACAGCCCAGGCGGUUAUGCUCAGCCACAACAUCCCAGCUUCGUCGCUCAGUCACCGCAACUACCGCCUUACAACAGCAAUGAGGUCGUAACAUAUGUGACGCCACUGGAUCAGCUUGGAGAUCAUCCCAAGUUUGUGGAUUGUCCGUUCUGCAGACACCGUGCGGAGACGCGAGUGAAGAAGAUAUCUUCAAAAAUGACACAUGUUUCUGCAACAGUCCUCGGAUUCACAACGAUAGCAGGCGCUGCUGUUCCUUAUGCUGGGAAGUGGCACUCUCACACAGCUCACUACUGCAGCAACUGUGAUCACAAAGUGGCCAUUCGAAAAUGGGGAUCCAGUCAGAUGAAGCCUCUGGGGACUCCCGAUUAUCUGAGGGAGGUGCCCUCUCUAGCAAGGCCAUUGGUGGAGAAAUACAUAAAUCUCGACAAUUGCUUCGUUUGCAAGUCUCAUCGGGCAGACUCUUAUAGUUUUAUCGGCAUAUUGCCGUCCCCUGUAGGGUGUCUUCACAGCACCUCGCCAACACCAGAACUAGUGCUGUAUGGCUCUGUAUCAUUUCACUUCUCAACAACUCCCACCUCUCACACGGCACCUCCAAGCUCGUCGUCGCACAUCCUCGCAGCAAUGGAAGAAUCAACAGAGCACCACGACAUUCUCGUUAUAGGAGCUGGUCUCUCUGGUAUUAAUACCGCCCACGUUCUCAACCAGAGACUCCCCCACCGCUCGUACACGAUCCUCGAGGCGCAAUCGGCCAUUGGCGGAACAUGGCGCUUCUUUCGAUACCCAGGCUUUCGAUCCGACUCGUUCAUGACAGCUUUUGGUCUGCCAUGGCAUCCUUGGAAACAUAAACAGAAGAUGGCGCAAGCAGGCGAGAUCGUGGAGUAUCUAGAAGAAGCUGUUGAUGCAGCAGGCUUGAGGGACAAGAUUCGGUUCCGACAUAAGAUGCUAGCGUGUGAAUGGCGGACAGACGAGCAGAAUUGGAAGGUAGAAGUUGAUGCGGACGGUCAGCGAAAAACCUUUAUCGCCAACUUCGUCAUCAGCUGCGUAGGAUAUUAUGCGUAUGACAAGGCUUUUCCGACGACAAUUCCUGGUCUCAAGGGCUUCGGAGGGCAGGUCGUUCAUCCCCAAUGGUGGCCUGAAGACCUCGACUACUCUGGCAAACGCGUCAUUGUCAUCGGAUCAGGAGCCACAGCGAUCACAGUUGUCCCAUCACUUGCUGAGAAGGCAGGGAUGGUGACUAUGCUCCAGCGCAGUCCGUCCUUCGUCAUCUCCCGACCCACGACUUCCAGCCUCGACUCUUGCUUGAAGUCUCUGCUCCCUUUCUCAUUAGCAUACUGGUUGAUAUAUUGGAAAGACGUGUUCCUUGAGGUCUUUUCCACACAGUUUCUCCUCAACUUCCCUGCAUUGGGUCGCAAGGUCUUGAUGGGGGAGAUGCAAAAGGCACUGCCCAAGGACAUUGACGUCAAUGUUCACUUUAACCCCAGGUACAAUCCUUUCCAACAACGACUCUGUAUGUGUCCAGAUGAGGACUUCUUCAAGGCUCUGCAUCAGGACAACUGCGAGAUUGUGACGGACACAAUCGAGACUGUCACAAAGGACGGUAUUUUGCUCGAAUCCGGUCGCAAGCUCGAAGCCGAUAUAAUCGUUACCGCAACGGGGUUGUACUUCCAACUCUUCAGUGGCAUAGCCCCGUUAGUAGACGGGCAGCCCAUCGAGGUUGGCUCACACUACGCCUGGCGUGGCUGCAUGGUCGACUCUGUCCCUAAUAUGGGCUUUGUGAUGGGCUACGUGACAACAUCAUGGACGCCUGGCGCCGACAUUAUGGCCAAGACAUUGAUAAGUGUUAUCAAGGAAAUGGAGAAGACGGGGUCAACAAGUGUUAUGCCCGUGCUCGAUGAGAAGGAUAGGAGCAAGCCGCAGAAGCUACCCGUCAGUGCUACCAGCAGCUAUUUUGUCAAAGCUGCGGAUCGUAUGCCAAAGGUGACUGAUGAAGGUCCGUGGUAUGGACGGGUGAACUUGGCCAAGGAUUGGUGGGCGUGGUUAAUGGGUGAUAUGUCGAGUGGGCUUCUCUACAGCGGAGGACAAAGAAAGAAGGAUAUCUGA